GCGUGUUCUUUGCUUUAUUUACCGUCUCUCGUCUCUCUCCUGUAACCAAAGCGCCUUCUUCCCGGACUCUCCCCAGCAUCUCGCUCCAUGACAAAUCCCACCGCGGGUAGAUCACAGCACGCCAUGCCGCUUCACGCGCGCGUGCGCGCAGCUAGUUAGCUAGCGAACAAACCCAGCAGAAACAGACGCCGCCGCCGACAACAAGCGAUCUAGAAGAGCACAGGAAGGAGCAAGGUGUUGCUGAGGAAGGCGACAAUGGCCGCGGAGCAGGUUCAGCUGUGCAUCUCCGCCGACAGCGGCGGCGGCGAAAGCAAGCGUGACGCCAUGCCGGUGGCGGUGGCCGUGUCCCUGUGCCUCCUCCACGACGCGUUAGGCGUCGCGCUGUUCCUCGCCUCCCACCCGCUCCACACCGUCUACCUCCUCUUCUUCGCGCGCGGCCUCCUCACCCUGGCGGCCUUCUUCUGUCCGCUCCUCGUCUCCACGUCGCUCCUCCUCGCUGUGUUCGUCACCGUCGGGCCGUACGUCGGCGGCGCCGACUGGUCCGGGGUCAAGUCCCUCGGUAGGACCUGCGGCAUUGCCGUCGCAGCACUCUGCGCCGAGCUCCGGCCCGACGGUGCUCCAGCGGGGCUUGUCGCGCAGCUGUGCUCCUUCGUCCUUGGUCCCACCGACGCUGCCUCCCUUCUCCGCGUCGAGGAGAUCAUGGGUGUUACAGCUUCUUGCUUUGUGUCUGAGGAGGAGCAGAGCUUGUUGUUAAUUGGUGAGCCUGCAUUUGCGCUCCCAGUAAUAGAUUACAUUUCUGACAGAAGCAUCUUGGAUUUUGAGAGUUUUGGUGAUUUGAAGGACAAAAUUGACGAAAAAGUUGUGAUUUCCGAGGAUAUGAAAGGCUCUGAUCCUUUGGCUGAGCAGUGUUGCUCCCCCAGAGAUACAUUAUUUGUGCAAAAAAUGGAAGCAGAAGGAGAGAGCGGCAUUCAGGGGCAGGACUUAAUUUUGUCAGCCAUUGAUGAGGUCAGCGAUGGUGUUGAGGAGAAGAGAUUGGAGUGUGACCCAGUGUCAGUAGAGAUGAAGAAAUUUGAGCCAGUGCAAUUAUUGGAGACCAGGAAUUGUCAGGCAAUGCAAACAAUGGAGAUCAAGAAAUUGGAGCCAUCGGAACUAAUGGAAGAAGCCAAGAAACCGGAGAUCAAGAAAUUUGAGCCACUGCAUGCAAUUGAGAUCAAGAAAUCCGUGCAGAUCAAGAAAUUUGAGCCUGUGGUACUGCCGGAAAUCAAGGAAUGUGAGACAGUGCAGGCAGUACAGACCAAGCAAUUGCCGUCCACGCUGGAGAUCAAAAAGUCUGAGCCAGUUGAAUCAGUGGAGAUCAAGAAAAAUGAGCCGGUGAAACCACGUUCUUUGAUUGCUCAGCGCAUCAAGCUAUGGGAAGCACAAGUAUCUGGCAAUGUCAAGCCAAUUGUUGGGGAUAAGGAGGAAAACUCAGAGGAAUUCAGUUUGAGAAAUAACUCAAACAAGGACGCAAAGAAAUGCGUGCGGUUUGAGGCUGCAGAUCCUUGUGUCGCACAACAGCAAGAACAAGAAGUUAAGGAUGUCAAAGAGUAUGUGCACUUCGAGACUGAAACAGAAGCCGAAGAAUGCAGCGCAGAGGCUGAACAAGAGCAGCUGCUGGAGCAAGGCUGCAACGAUGUGCAACCUGAGCCAGAUUUGCACGAGCUAGAGAACGAGAUUGCGCAACCUGAACAAGAACCUGAAGGAGUCCAGGUGUACAACGACAAUGACGUGGCACAAUCUCCAGCCAUGUGGAAUGACGAGAGGGAGAGCCCACUCAAGUCGACAUCGAUCGCAAGCAGAGUGCACUCGCGGACCUCGUCGGGGAACCUCGCCAGCGAGGGGUCGUCGCCGUCGCGGAAGGACAAGGAGUGGAAGAGGACGCUGGCCUGCAAGCUCUACGAGGAGCGCAUGCAGCUCAGGCUGUGCCGCGACCGUGCCGUGGUGGGGGGCAGCGACAACAUGGACAUGCUCUGGGAGGCCUACGAGGUGGGCGGCGGCGGGAGCAAGGGCAGAGGCGGGAAGCGCAGCGGCAGCGGCAGCAGCAGCAUGGUGAAAGGAAGCACCGGCAAGGUAGAAGAUGCCGCUGAGGAAGGCGAGGAAGAUGGCGACGAGGAAGACGGGGACGGGGACGAAAGUUCAGUGAGGCAUCUUUGCUGCCUGCAGGCCCUCAAGUUCUCCACCAGGAAGAUGAACUUCGGAGGUGGCAAGCCUAGCCUGUCCAAGAUCUCCAAGGUCCUAAAGAGGAUGACCGCGUUGUCGAGGAUGGGAUCGCGGCGCAAACAGUCUGAAUGAAGGUCAGCUGGUGUGAUCAAUGGAUGGAUCCUUUUUCUUGAAUGUAGAACCGCUGUACUGUCACCGUACUUGUUAUGCUGUUUUUUUUCGAUUGUAUUUCUUUUUUUUUUCUAGUCUGUAUAUAUAUGUGAUGUAUACCCAAUGGUUUCAGUGAGGUUGGGGGUAAUUACAGGGCUGCCACUUGGCCUGCAGAAUGUAAUAAACCUUGAUCUGGUGUGUGUAAUUUUCGUGCUUUCAGUCAAUGCUAUGUCUCCAUGAACAAUUUACUGAAA